UUUUUUACUAUUCUUUACUGUUAUUGUUACUGUUCGGGAAAUAGCCCUAACUUCACUGUGACGCUACAGUGCUCCGCUUUACUCCGACGAGUACGACCGACGCCACCUCCACUCCGAUCCCAUCUCCUAAUCCUUUGUGAUUAUGGAGGUUGAGUCUCCGCCUAAUUUUAGUGUGGACCAAAGUGAUGACGAAGAACUGAGCGUUUCUGAGCUCAUUUGUAAUCUCAGAUCGGCAUUCAGGAUCUCUGAGUUUGACCGGGUUGAGGAGAUUCUGAUCAAUAGAGAAAACAAGAUGAAGAAACAAAUCACUCAGUUGGAGUCUGAGAUUAUCCAAUUUGAUCUUGAGGUCAAGAGGCUGAGGAUAGUGAGUAGUGAGAGUAGAAUUUCAAGAGAGAAUUAUGAGAUCAUGAGGGAGAGAGUGAAGGUGGCUGAAGAGGGAAUGAAAUUGGCUAAGGAGAAAGCAAGAGAGCUUGGUGAAAAAGUAAAAGAGACAGAGGGAAAGUUUAUGAAAGCUGAAGGGGGAAUGAAAUUGGCUGAGUUGAAAGCAAGAGAGCUUGGUGAAAAGGUAUUAGAGACAGAGGGAAAGGUUAUAGAAGCUGAGGAGGGAAGGAAAUUGGCCGAGGAGAAAGCAAGAGAAGCCGGUGACAAAGUUAGAGAGGCGGAAAAAAGAGUUAUGAAAGCUCUGGAGGAAACUAAAUUGGCUGAGGAGAAAGCAAGAGAGCUUUGUGAAAAAGUAUUGGAGACAGAGGAAAAGGUUAUAAAGGCUGAGGAGGGAAGGAAAUUGGCUGAGGAGAAAGCAAGAGAAGCUGGUGACAAAGUUAAACAGGCUGAGGAAAGAGUUAUGAAAGCUGAGAAAGAAACUAAAUGGGCUGAGGAGAAAGCAAGAGAGCUUUGUGGAAAAGUAAGAGAGAAAGAGGGAAAGGUUAUAAAAGCUGAGGAGGGAACGAAAUUGGCUAAGGAGAAAGCAAGAGAAGCUGUUGAACAGGUUAGAGAGGCGGAAAAAAGAGUUAUGAAAGCUCUGGAGGAAACUAAGUUGGCUGAGGAGAAAGCAAGAAAGCUUAAUGAAAAAGUAUUAGAGAUGGAGGAAAAGGUUAUGAAAGCACAGGAGGGAAUGAAAUUGGCUGAGGAGAAAGCCAGAGAAGCUGGUGACAAAGUUAGAGAGGUUGAGGAAAGAGUUAUGAAAGCUGAGGAGGGAAUGAAGUUGGCUGAGGAGAAAGUAAGAGAAGCUGGUGAAAAAGUAAGAGAGACAGAGGAAAAAGUUAUAAAAGCUGAAGAGGGAAUGAAAUUGUCUGAGGAGAAAGCAAGAGAAGCUGGUGAAAAAGUGAGGGAGGCUGAGGGAAGAGUUAUGAAAGCUGAGGUGGAAACUAAAUUGGCUAGGGAGAAUGCUAAAAAAACAGAAGAAAUGUUAGAACGGUUGCUGAAAAAUUUGAAGAUGGCUGAAGCGAAAGCAAAAGAAGCUGGUGAAAGAGUAAGAGAGACAGAGGAAAAGGUUAUGAAAGCUGAAGAGGGAAUGAAAUUUGCUGAGGAGAAAACUAAAAUAACAGAAGAAAUGUUGAUAGAUUUGAAGAAGAUUAAGAGAGAAAAAGUGGAUGAGAUUGCUCAGCUCAAGGAGAAGAACAAGGUUUUAGAGUCUGGGAAAAGUAGAGCUGAGAAUGAUACUGAAGUUUGGAAGAAUUUUUUUGAAGAAUUGGAGAAAAGGGUCACCUUGCUAGAAACUUAUACAGAAAAUGUUUCAAAAAUGGAAUCUCUGGCUACAAAGGUAACAGCCAGAGAUUCCACUGAGUCUAACAAGGAAAAUGGGGAGAAGGGUACAAGUAAAAUUGAUGGAUUUGCUGUUGUUUCGGGUUCUGAUGAUCUUCCUUCAUCUCCAACUUGUCCAAUGAACCAAGGUUUUCCAAGUGACAAGAAAUCUGAUUUUGAACAACAAGCUAUUGUUAUCAUUGAUAUCGAUGAUGAAAAUGCUCCUCCUACAAGCUUGUACUGUCUAACCGAAAAAGAUCUUAUUCUCUAAUUGUGGGAGCAAGAUGAAGCUUCUUGGUAACCUAAAAUCCCCAUAAAGACAUCUUCAAGUUGAAUGUGAAGUGAAGACAAGAGAGAACAAAAGCUCUCCAACUACUCUUAACAUCUCUCUUUCAAAGUACCACUUCUCCUAGAUCUUAGGAUACUGUCUUUCCUAUCCUUGCUAGGCUCCGUCUUUUUAUUGGAUUUAUCACAGAUAUUUCACAUAUACCUAUUCAUUGUUAUUUGAUACAUUGAGGUCGGUAAUGUUGGUGAAUUAAGUGUUAAUAAGGGUAUGGAAAGAGAGGGAUUCAAACCACAAAAGCCUACAUAGCAGAGUUCUAGUGCUGUGCCUUUUCCAAAAGCCUACAUAGCAGUUCUAGUGCUGGGAGUAAGAGGUCACUGUCCGAAGGAGUGAUCCUGGCUGGUUGGUCACGCAAGGGAUAACCAUUGAGCCAAGCAGAUUGCCAUAGGUUGGUGUCUUCGCCGUCACCAAUGAGACUGAUUGGAGGAACUUGGUCCAACUCGUAGGACCUGCAAUAAGAAUAUGAAAAGAAAAUUGAUCCAAAACGAUUGGAGGAAUCUUCUAACUGGGUGAUUGCGUUUCGUUUUAAUUCCAAUUUUAAUUCUACAAAAUAUCUGUAACUGAUCUAAUAAGUAAUAACAACACAUCAAAUCAAAACAAUUCAUGGCAAAUUUGUAACCUUACACUAACCCAAAAAGUUCUGACUUAAAAUUCUAAUUAUUGACCAAAUGGGGUUCUUUCUUCGUCUA